AUGGCUAGUUCAGCAAAGAAACUAAAAGUGCAAAAUAGCAAGGAUACUAGAGAAUUUCAGACUUGGUGGACUGAUAAAUUCGGCGUGAUUAAUAAAGAGCAACAAAAGCUUGACAUUCACUCUGCUUCAUUUAUAUCGCUAUGCCUCGACGAAAGCACUGACGUCACAAAAUCUGCACGUUUAGCUGUUUUUGCUCGAUACUGCGUAGGAAACGUCAUUAAGGAGGAAUUAAUUGCGAUAAAAUCGUUACCAACAACUACAAAGGGCGCAGAUAUUUGUACGGCAGUUAAAAAUUCGAUAGUUGAAAAAGAAAUUGAUAUAAAAAAAGUUGUUUCUGUAACAACUGAUGGUGCUCCGAGUAUGGUGGGUAAAAAAAUUGGUUUCAUAAGUUUAUUUCAAACUGAAGUAGGACAUUCGAUUCUUGAAUUCCACUGCAUCAUUCACCAACAAGCCUUAUGCGCUAAGAGCGGUUUAACAUCUCUUGAUAAUGUUAUGGCAGUAGUUACGAAAAUAGUCAACCUCAUCUCUGCUCAGGCUUUAAACAAGCGAAAGUUCGACGCUUUGUUGGAUGAAGUCAACUCCGUGUAUAAUGGCUUACUCAUGUAUAAUAAUGUUCGGUGGCUGAGUCGUGGGUCUGUACUUGAAAGAUUUGUUGAAUGCUUGGAAGAAAUCAGACUGUUUCUGCAAAAUGAGGGAAAAAUUGAACAAUACCCACAGCUUUUUGACGUCAUGUGGCUUUCAAAAUUGAUGUUUUUUACAGACAUAUGCCAACACUUAAAUACGUUAAAUGUGAAGCUUCAAGGCACAAACAAAACAAUAAUCGUCAUGAUCGAUCUCAUUCGCGCCUUUGAGGCUAAACUGCAAGUUUUCAGAAACGAUAUUAUCGCAAAAAACUACAAGUAUUUUCCAUACUUGAAAAAAUAUAUCAAUGAAUCUGAUAUACAUGAGACAACAAAUGCAGAAAAUAUUACUGAGGAAUUUAUCUCUGUGAUUGAUUCUUCAAUUAAGGAAUUUUCAACAAGAUUUUCUCCGUUCAAAGAAUUAUCAGAAACGGUCAAGUUUAUUAUGUACCCAGAUGUAACGACCUUUCAUACACUGAACUUCUCCCAGUUCGAUUGGUUGGAAAUUGAAGAUUUUGAAAUGCAGCUGAUUGAUUUCCAAUCUAGUUCAAUUUGGAUACAAAAAUUCAUAGACAUGAGAAAAGAAUUAGAGUUAAUUGAAACAGAAAGAUUGACCAGUAAUAUAAGUAAAGAUGCCAAUAAUAAAAUUUUAGAAACCUGGAAUGCGUUGCCAGAAACAUUUAAUUGUUUAAAGAAGCUGGCUCACGCUAUUCUAACUGUAUUUUCAUCAACAUAUGCCUGCGAGUCAUUGUUUUCAGAGAUGAAUAACAUCAAAGACUCUGUUAGAAAUAGACUGACUGAUGAAUCAAGUUCAGCAUGCAUUCUGCUAAAAGUAACAUCGUACAACCCCAAUAUAAGUCAAUUAUCGUCCAAUCUGCAACAACAGAAGUCGCACUAA